CAUUCACUGACGGUUAUUUCGGGCUUGAGUCGAGUGCGAACGUUAGGUUUUCAUGUCGGAUUUUAUUUAAUUUUAACUUUAUUGUGAAUAAUCAUGGCGACUUUCGGAUUCAGCGUGUACGAGGACGACGAGAACGCUCGAUCAAAUUUCGACAAACCCCUCAAAGAAACCAGCAACGUCAGCGCUAAAGUGCCUCUUCAGAAAAGAGCUGUCUUGGGACUGCUGAGCAACAACCCAGAGUACAAGAAACGAAUCCAGCCCAACCGAACUACGAAACAAGAAAUCACUGACAACAUCGUCGGUAACAAAGUCCAACUGCAGAAACCUCCAAAGGCUCAGGAAAAGGAAGAGCCAGCCGACAAAAAACCAGAAUCCAAAGAAAACUAUGAUACGCAAAAGCGAUCGUUCAUCACUUCCAAACCGGCAGUCAAACUUGAUAGGCCAAUCCAAAAGGAACAAGAAGUUUGUGAUGAGGUCAGAAAUCUACCGAGUUUUCACUCAAAACUCCCAGAAAUCCACGAGGAUGCAAUUCAUGAUGUCUCAUUCGAGUCAAAAUGUUCGACGCCCGGCAAAAAUGUGCCAGAAGUGGAACCGAUGUCUGAGGGCAGUUUCAUUUGUGAUACACCCAUGUCCAUCGAGAAAGCUCUCACUCCUAUCGUUAAGAAGUCAUGCCCGUCAGAUCACGUUCUUUACGACGUAUCCUUGUACAGUUCAGAAAUUUUCGCGUACAUGAGGGAAUUUGAGCUCAAACAUCGGCCGAAACCCAACUACAUGCGCAGACAACCCAGCAUUAAUGCCAGUAUGAGGACGAUCUUAAUAGAUUGGCUAGUCGAAGUAGCUGAAGAAUACUCGAUACAGACCCAGACCUUGUAUAUGGCUGUGAGCUUCAUCGACAGAUUCCUCAGCAUUAUGUCUGUAGAUAGGAGCAAACUUCAGCUCCUUGGAACUGCAGCCAUGUUUGUCGCUGCAAAAUAUGAAGAAGUCUAUCCUCCAGAUGUUGGUGAAUUUGUAUAUAUCACAGAUGACACAUACUCAAAGAAACAAGUUUUAAGAAUGGAAUAUUUGAUUGUAAAAGUUUUAACCUUCGAUAUGUCAGGGCCAACUACAUUCUCAUUCAUAAGUCAUAUCUCCGUCAUGUGCAGUCUGCCUGAAAGAGUCAUGCAUUUAGCUUUGUUUAUUAGUGAAUUGAGUCUCCUGGAAGGGGAUCCCUAUCUUCAGUUCCUUCCAUCGGUUAUCGCCUGCUCAGCAAUUGCGUUGGCCAGACAUUGCCUAAACUACACAAUCAUCUGGACAGAUGCUUUAAUCCAGUGCACAGGCUACACAUUAAAUGAUCUAAAAAAUUGUAUCGGCCACCUGAACUCCACGCAUAGCAAUGCUUUUACCAUUUCUCACAAAGCUAUCCGAGAAAAAUAUAGUUCCGAUAAAUUCCACAAUAUUUCCUCGAUUCCUCACAAAGCCCUAAUCAUCAAAGAUUCCGAUGAAUUAUCUCCGACUCAUUGAGUGCAUCAAAUCAAUGUUUUUAUGGAAAGACAAGACUGUUUCCGCUCGAUACAAACUAGAAUGAUAGAUUAGUUAUAUUUGUUUCAGCUUGUUGUUAUUUCUUUAAUUGUAAUUUUACCUCCUCUUUUUCAGAAUGAUCUGUUUCGAUAAAAAUUUUGUGAUUAUUGAUGAACGAUAUGCGCGACGUUUUAAUGUGAAUUACCGUCUUUAAAAAAUGCUGACAUGCAAGUGCACGGUUUUCGACUAAAAAUAGGAUGUUAACUUUUGACGUCAGCCUUUCGGUCAUGACAGGCUGACUGCCAUAAUAGUCAGCAUGGGCAUGCUGAUCAAACAAGAUAAGUUCAUUGAUUAGUUAUGAGGCUGUUUAAAGGGAUGUAUUACAUAAACCCAACGUUUGGGUGGUGUUAUACACAGCGCACAGCAGUGAAUAAUUCUAAAUGUACUGAUUCUUGGAACAAAACAAAAAAAACUUCUUUGUAAUUUGUCAACAUAACCAUGUUUGGCGCUUAUCAUUUCUCACUAAAUUUAAUGAUAAUUAUGGCGGUCAACCUGUUAUUAUCUCAUAUAUUUUUUUUUAAACAAAAGCAAAAUCAUCCAGACGCAAUCUUUGCAUUGAUUUUGUGUACUUAUAUCUACUUCUUAAGUUCUACGACUCUCUGAUCUUAUCGCUAUUCAAUAUUUUUACCAACUAAUUUUUCAGAAUUCUUGUCUUCUUUGUUAUUUUAUUUUUGUAGAUACUAUUUUAAUCUAUUUUUCUUGCUUUUGCAUGUUCGCAAACUUACCCCCUCCCCGCGGACUCGAAUCGUGUUUAUCUUCAUUUUACACAACAAAAGUACCUAACCUUUUUUUCUCUUCCGUUUUUUACAUUAUUAUCUCCAGUGCACCAUUUGAAGAGCAAUAAGUGGUGCACUGAAUACAGUAAAUCACAAUAAAUCUAUGAAUGCUUUUAUAUUCUACAUUCUACGUAUACAUGUAGAUUUUUCUUUUAAGUUCAUCUCUUUUUAUUCAUCUCUAGGGUAGUACUGAAACUUCAAGGAGGAAGAGAAAUUUAGGAUAUCGAGGAACUGUACGUAUUUUUACAAGUCCAAAUCUUAAGGGACUUUAUAAGUACCAAAUGCUAAAUUAAAGAAGUUUGUUUUUAUGUAUGUAUAUUCAGUCAUCUCUCAAUAUUUUUAAUUUAAUUGUUCUCAGUAUUGAAAACUGACUGGCAAAAUUAGGAAUGUCCUGUCAAGACUCAGUAAAAUAAAGUUUAACUUCAACUACAAACUUAAUUUGACCAUUUAAUUGAUUUCAACAGUUGCAAGGGCGCAGCUUUCAAAACACCAUCUGAAUACUAGGUCACAUUUUAUUCUUAUUUCAGGCUUGGCCACAAGCUUCUCAUUGUCAUUUUUCAUUUUUCAUUCAAAAGAUUUUAGGUGGCCAGUUAAUUUGUGGAAAUGAAGUUGCGCCUGAGACUUUGACGGUAUAUUUUCAGCGUUUUGUCAGUUUUUAAAACGGGUGGAUCCUCCUUUCAGAGACCUAACUUAGAAUGAAAAAUUCUUCUUUGGAAUUUUACGUCAAAAUAUUUUAUCACAUCUCUCUUCAUUGUUUGAUCCUCCAUUCGAAAAUUCAAUCAAACAAUCAUUGAAAGUACGAUUUCUGUGAUAUUUCGUGUGGAAUUUUUUAGUAUUUUUCAUUCAAUGCCUCUGAUUCUUCCCUAUGCUUCGCUUAAAAAUGUAACCUAUUUUUCUUUUUUCUUUUUUUUUAUGACUCAGCUGUUUGAAAAAAGCCACCGGUAGUUUUAAGUAGCCUACAAUGCAGGUAAAUUGAUCUAUAAAUGUAAUCUCUAGGAAUUUAAACUUUUAAUAUUUAUUUUGAGACUUAAUAAUUGCCUUCACUAAUUUUUCUGAGGUUAAAGUUACCUCCUGAAACGUCUCUGCUCGUUGAUAACAAUUUUAAUUCAUUAUUGAUGUCUAAAUUUUCCAAACCAUACAAUUCUCCUCUCUCUCUUUAUUUCACUCUACAUUCUUCUGACCCCUAGUCAGAGGUUGCGCAUCUCAUGGUUGGACAAACAUCAUUCCAGAAUAGCGUUUUUCAUUCAUUAAAAAGACUGUUUACUUAUAUUCAAAGUAGCAUCUCAAACAAUGUUUGAAAUGCUAGAGGUUUGACCAAAUAUAAGCUGCGCAAAUUCUAGUUGGAUUUGGUUUUAGAUAUAAAUUCGCAGUAAUUCUAGAGUGUGGCUGUUAAAAUCGUGCUAUUUAAGACAUUGUUAUGAAGAAAGAGCAUUAUCCCCUCUUUAUAAGCUUAACUCAAGCCUUCUUAUAUUUUCUGAGCAUGUCGUAAUUCUAAAAUCGCCUACUCUAGCGGUUACUGUGAAUACUUAAUGGUAAAAAUUCUCAAGUGAGAUGCUAUCUCGCAGUUUUUAUAAUUUAAAGGGAUUCAUCACUAGUAUUUGACAUGGUUGCUCUGGCAUGCGAUAUAUGUCAUUAAAAUGUCAGCAGAUUUUGAAUCUUUAGCCACAAGUAAGAUAAUAAUAUCACCUGUAAAUAUGUUCUACUCAGCACCCUCAUUCACCUCAAUCCAGUAUUCAAUGUAACUAACAUGUAAUUAACUUGUAAUCACAACUACAGUCUCAAGAAAUAACACAAGCCAACGAAAAAUAAACGUAACCUACAAUAAUUAGUCAGAAAUAUAAUAGAAUCAUGCGGGGGGAUUGAUUUGACGCAGGUUUGGGUAGCCAAAUCGGUCGGUCAGGGAGAUAGUCAUAAAUAUAAUAGAACCAUCCGGGGGGAUUGAUUCGGCGCAGGUUUGGGUAGCCAAAUCGGCCGGUCAGGGAAAUAAAAGUUGAGCUAACACAGUUACCCCCAGAUUGAAUAGAACCACCCAAACCCUAUAUAAUUCUUAAGUUAAAAUAGCCUUACUAGGUCUGUACUAAAUACUUAUGCCCACUUUAUCUUAUUAAUUUGUAUUUUUAGACAUUACUUUGUAAUAUCUUCAUUAUUCAAAAAAUAUUAUUCUAUGUACCAUAGAAAUAAUAUAAUGAUAGAAUUACCCUUUCAUAUGUUAGCCACUAUUAACACUUGAAUACUUCUGAAACAUAGCCGAUAGAUACCAUUCUUGUAAAAUAGGUAGUAGAGGCAUUCAAUGAAUAAAUCAUGUUUCAAAUGAAAAAAAAAUAAAAAUAAAGUAAGAUCAUGGCCCCCUAGCCGAAAGAAUUAUUCAUGACCAAAAAUUUUGCAAAAUUCCGAGAAAUGAAAACAGGUUUUUUCUCAGAAAAAAAUGAUGCAUUUGAUAGUGAUCGACCUGUGUAUUCAUUACAAGAUUUUUUCCAAGAAGAAUCCUGCCUUCAUUUCUUUUAAAGUUUUGCAAAUUUUUUGCUCGAAAAUGAUUCUUUAGGCUCAUGCGCAGGGCCAUUAGUCCUUUUUUUGGCUAAAAAGUCAAAAUCUGUAAAGACUUUUGACUUAAUUGAUACGACAUAUCGCACACCAGUUUGACCAUGCCAAAAACUGGAGACAAAUCACCUAUCAACUUCUUUUUUGAGCAGAAGGAGGCACAGUCUUACUCAGAACUUCUUGGUCAAUUAAUGAUUGCAUUUAACUGCAGAUCCUUGAAACUGUUCUCGUUUUAGUUUAUUCCGUAGUUUUUUGUGUGGAGAAAGUUUUCCUGGUUUUUUUUUAGUGCGUGAAUUGAACGAGUGUAUUAUUCCACAUUAUGACAUGCUUUUGCGAGGCAUCUCUCGUGUUUUCUAGUGGGUGGGAAAAAGUUAUUUUCUCUAGCUGUCAUUCAUUCCAAGUGGUGAAUUUCCCUUAUGCAUUCCAGGGAGUCUCAACCUUCCCAUUUUUCGAACUGACUUACCCCCUAUUUUUUCAAAAUUUUCCAAGUUAUCUGCACUUUUUUUGUCCGUCAUUUUCAAAUUUCUGCGACUGUGCAAAGAACAUAUUAAUUUCGCCGCAAUUCUAUGAAAAACACACAAAUGUCGCUGUGAUUUUAUUGCCAUAUUGUGCUGACCUUUCCAAUUUUCAUGCUCUGCUCUUGAUGCAGCCUUGACUGUGUAAAUGUCCGACAAAUUACAAAGGUUUAUUGUUAAUUUCCACCAAACUGAAAUCAUAGUAUUUUGUUUAUUCGGAAUGAACAAUGGUUUAAGGUCAACCUCGUCAAUGAUAUUUUAGAGGCACAUUCUGAUGAGGUCACCAAUCACAGUAUCCGGCUCCAAAAGAAGAGCAUUUGACUUUUCAGCAGUUUUUCGAGAGCGAGAAAUUAUACAUCUUCCAUCUGCAAAAGACCAUCACUCACCCUAAAAUUCUGCUUAAGAUUUGGCUGGGAUGAGGAUCACAUUUGCGAGCGAUUAGGAACUAUCAGCUGUUGAAUAGUGGUGCAUUUUGUGAUAUCAACCAUCUCUAUUUUAGAUAAAAUAAGCCUGGGAUUUAGAGACGUAUGAUCAAAAAGUAUGAUGACGAAUUUGCAUUUGCUGAUGAGAAAAUAAUAUUUUCCAUUAAGUCCCUCGUUUUCAGUUUAUUGCGAAAAUUUUGUUCCCUGUAAGAGUUUCUUCUACUCAAUUUUGAUGCUUCAGUUCAGUGUCUGUAUUAUGGAGUUUUAAGCAUCAACUUUGGCAUUAACUCUAAUUUUAAAAAGUGAUGAAAGAAAAAAAAUUGCGAAAAUUUCAAUUUCUUCUGCCACUGCAUGCUCUUGAUCAUUAAUAUUUCUGUAAAUUUUGUCAUUAUAGCGCAAUGGAUGUGGAAGGGGAAUGGAACCCUUGUUAGUCAUUUUUUCGAAUAAUAAAAUUUGUAACAGGAUUUAUAAUGUAAAGUGACGUUUCUUUCCAACGAUAUAAAAACCAUCGAUCCAUAGUUUUUAUAUCAUUGUUUCUACCUCAAUCCAUGAGCACUCAAAACGCUAGUUUUUGAGCUCAAAGUUUCUUCUUUAACUGUCGAUGAUAAUGUCUACUAGAAUGUAAAUUACUCUUGGCGUCAUGAUCGAGUUAUUGGUUGGGAAUGAAAGUUGUUCUCACUUAACCACUUGCAGACGGAUGACAAUUUUUAAUGCUAACGGUUACGGAAAGUGAAAGCUUAUUUUUCAUACUUUUUCUUUUAAGACUUUUUGAGCCCCUGUAAUCAAUCUACCAAUUCGUUGUUACCCCAACAAAAGAACGUAACUCCAUUAGACCAUUGCUAAAGUCCAGCUCAGAAUUUGUAUUUUGACCUUAAGAAUUUCACAGUUUUUUCCAUGUAUUAUUGUGAAAAAUCUGCGAAACUUGGGCAACCAUCGAUCCGUCAUUUUGGAGUAAGGAAAAGACUUACAGCUUAAGACGUUUCAAUCUUGAAAUGAAGAUACGUUCCUUUGUCGGGGAAACGGGGAAACGACAUACUUAUCCUCUUGAGCAAAGUUAUACCUGUAAUUAUCAUUUCCCUUUUUUGACUCUUUUUUUUAAAACUUUCAAUAGGUUAGUUGCAAUUUUAAAACUGGACACUCGACUUGUGAGCGGGAGUCCAGUGAGUAAACCACAUUUUUCAGUUUUUUAGUUGUACGAUUUUAACAGAUAUAAUCAAAAUUAGGAAUCCACCAAAUUUUUGUUUACGUGUUCAGAAUUUUUGCAAUUUAAUCAAUGUAUGAUAACUGUAUAAUUUAUUCUAACUUGUAGAUCUUGUUGUUGCAGAGAAUGCAUAAAUACAGUCCCUUUUUUAAAAAUUU